UUCGACGCCUAGCCUGGGAACCUCCAUAUGCUAUGGGUGCGGCCCUAAAAAGACAAAAAAAAAAUUUAUAUUUAAGUACAUGUUUUGUAAGUUAUAUUUAUGACAUAAAUACUUAAAGUAUAUAGAGAUGUACUUUAAAAAAUGUGUAUUCUCAUUUCAUUAACUGCCACCCUUUACUAAUAUCAUUUACCCAUACCAUAUCAACUUAUGGAAAAAUUAAAAAUAACAAAUGAGCACAGUUUCCUAAGCAUUGAUGAGAAAACUAUUGUGGAGACAUUCCUAACAAGGCUGUUUCUGUUUUUCUUAAGAAUUAAAUUAUGAUGUAUAUAGUAAAAGGUCCAGUGUAUUACGGUUCUAAUCGUUGCCAAGCAACAUGGGUUCUGUUAUAUUUUCUGGUUCUGGUCCCUUACUGACCUAUAUGUAUUUCCUUUGGUGGAGAAUAUGCAUUUACCUUAAAAAUUAAAAAACAAAACAAAAACCUACUUAUUUUGAGAAAGCCAAAUGAGUAACUGUAUUAGAUUAACCAAUCCUCGGUGAUUAGAAAUAGAAGAGUUUUAUUGAUCAAGGGCGUACCAGAGGCGCUUAAUACAGAGUCAUCCAAAAUUUUACAGAGGACGGCCAUGGAUAUGGAUUCACAGCACACACCUGGGAAGAUAAGUAUCUCUGAAGGGUCCUUCCUGUCAAGGGCAAGGGCUGUGGAGAAUGUAGAUUACCCACACCACCGUGAUCUCUUAAGGAAACUGAACAUGCCUUUUGUGAAAGGGGUUGAGGACAGACAUGACUAUGGCAGAAUUGAGAAGAAAUGCAACCCUGCUUUUCUUAAAUUUCACCCUUAUCCCCCUUCAGCACUGCCCGACUAUCACUUACACUAUCCUUAUCCCCCGCCCUAUGGACCGGAUUAUCCGUUAUUCCCCCUUCGGGAUGAUGUACCUUUAGGUGACUCCUGUUCAGGGUUCUUGAGUCCUGGUGGUGAUGCCGACUUAAAGCCUGGCGUUGGCAGAGCCAUACCAAGCCUGGUGGAUUUCAGUGAUGUGAAACCUCAACAUCAAGUUCCCAGGCCCGACACAGGAUUUCAGACGACAUUAAAAAGGAAAAACCUUUUAUUCGAAGAACUAAAACAGGACAGGAGAUGGAAUUCGAGGGCAGUACCAGACGUUUCCAUCAGAGCAAGACUUGGAGGUUGGACAAGCCCAGUGAAAGUUACUCCUUUACGAACUCACCAUGAAGAAUAUUCAACACAUCACCCGUAUACAUUUGACGAGGAAGCAACAAGUACAGAUGAUGGAGAUACACUCGUGCAACCGAACAAGAAAUACAGCGCAAAAGACUCAUUUUACAAGUCCUCCACGCAAAAGGCUUAUGAAGCAGUUCCUUGGGACAAGAUGCUGCCACCAAAAGUUGAUCCGGAAGAAACAACCGUGGAAAGAGCUGCUGACCCCAUCUCACAGUGUUUUACCCUGAAAAGAUAUGAACGGUUGCCAGCAAUCACUCAGAUGGUUGGUGGACUCUGGGACAGAUUUCAAACAAGAUCUUUCUUGGCACCAGUCAAGCCAGUCAACUUUGUGAGUCCCAGUUCCAGAAGCAAAUACCUUCCUCUCUAUACUGGCUGCGUGCAGUCCACGAACGCAGAGGACAUUGACAACCCCCACGGCGACACCGCCUCUCUCGCCGGGGCGCGGAGCUCUGAAGUUCUUUCUGCAAACACAAGCCGGUGAGUCCCGCUUCCGACCAGUCCCCGCACUUCCUUACUGAGGGCACGCGUGGCAGUGGGCUUUGUGAAGAAUGAAGGACUACAACACGGCCGCGGAGGAGCCACUCGGUCCCCCUAGAGCACAGGGACCUGCAUCCAAUAUCCUGUGAUAAACCACAGUGGACAAGGACAUGAAAAGGAAUGCGUAUGUAUAUGUGGCGGAGUCACUUCGCUGUAGAGCAGAAGUCAACACCACGUGGCAAAUCAACUUCCAUUAAAACAGUAGAAACUGACACAGCAUUGGAAAUAAACUGUAAUUUUUUUUAAAAAAAGGCCUAGGUUUGAGCACAGCUUAGGAAGAAAGACCAAACUAAAAGAUGUUUCACAACUUUGAUUUUAAAAUAUAUCUCUGUAACUUAGUGCACUGAAGAAUUAAGGGAGCUGUUUCCUGAAGGAACUGUGGUUUCUCACACAGGAAAUUAGUUUUGAGCCCUGACUAACCUGUGCACCUGCAUAUAUAUUAUAUAUUAUGUGUGCACACGCACAUAUAAAAUGCAGACUAUAAAGAUGUGUGUGUGCACACACAUAAAACACAGAAUGUAAAAAUAUAUAUAAUGUGUGCACACACACACGUACAACACAGAAUGCAAAGGUAGAUAUAUAUUUGCUUUCACUGAUGGCAACACUGAGGCUCAGAAAUGACUUCCCUGGCACUCUCAAGACACGCUACAGGAAGCCGAGGUGCUGUGUCUUUUCAUUAGGCCACUGAGCUGCCAAGCAUGGCUGCUACAACCAUCCGUUUCUGUGAUGACUGCAGAGCUUGCAGGAGAGGUCGUGCCAGGCUAUAGUGUGAAUCACAACAGGUUUUUAAAUGUUAAUGGAUUUCCACUUAAAAAAAAAAAUCAGUUGUGCCCAUAUGACAAACUAGCUAAAUUUCAUAUUAUCUGUCCUUCAGACCUAUUUAAAUCCCAUAAAAUAAUUUUGAAUUUUCCUA